UGUAGGUGAUAUUGGAUUAAUUGUUCGAGCUGAUUAAUUUUUAAGGACUUUUCUAUUUUAUUUGGACUAUUGUGAUAUUGGCAGGCGGUACGAGAUGAACGAGAACAUGAAGGAUUUCGACAUGAUAAGAAAAAUCAUGGUCUGGGCGGGACAGUGGCAGGAAUUCUCGACAUACCCUCGUCUCAAGAUUUUCCUCCAGAAAUUCCGCGUCACGUACCUCAUGGUCCUUUCCCCACUACCACUCACUUCAAUGUUCCUCUCGGGUUUCAUGGAUAGCCUGUCGAAAUACGCCCUUUUCGCCGUUGGUGCGACCCUCAUCGACCCGAUGGCGUACUCGUUCUUCUUCGAGUGGGACCUCGCUAAGAAGGUAUACACGAGGCUCAGGGCCAUCGUGGCGAGAAGGGAUUCAGAAGAGCACAUCAAACGUUUCAAAACUAAGUCGAGGCCCAUAUGGAUCGUCGUAGCCGUCUACGCACUUUUCACCUUCCUUUUCGUCUUCUUCUAUGAGAUCAUGCCAUACUUUUACGACGCCUACCUUUUCUUGUUCACAGGCUCGGAUAAGCCUUUCAUGACGCCCAUCCCGAACCAGGGUUUCAUGGACAAAGAGCCGAAGAGAACUUUCUACUACUACUGUUCCAACGUCUUCACGACACUCUGGUGCAUGGACCUUGCCAUGAUCGUAUUCGGAUUCGAUUCCCUCACCUACUUGGUUGUCAUAUACACCUGCAUCGAGGUCGAGAUAAUAAGCGAGAGGGUCAAGUCUUGGGGGGAGAAAGGUGCGGACCCGGCCGAACUUCGCGAAAUCAUCGAAGAGCACAACGAAGUUCUCAGGUUGACAGAUGAUAUGAUCGAACUACUAGGAGGUCCGAUGGCAUCGCAGAACACAGUCGGAUCCCUAGCCAUCACCAUCUUCGCCUAUACAGUCUUAGUGAAAUACGAAACCGACCUCUUUCUCGUCAUAGUCAACGGUCUUUCCGUCGGCCUGACAUUCUUGGUCAUCGCGACUGCCAACUACGUCGGCGACAGGCUUGAAGACGAGGGUGUGAGAUUUUUCCAAAGCCUAUACGACACCCCGUGGUACAACAUGCCCCAGAAGGAACGUAAGGCGAUUCGCAUUAUGAUGUGCCAGGCCGUCAAACCUUUGGUCAUCACCUACAAGGGCUGGAGCCCCCUUAAUUUCGUCACUCUCAUGGAUGUGGUCAACGCGAGCUAUUCCUACUUCAUGGUACUCAAAUCGAUGAAUUGAAGCUGUACACUAAUUUAAAAACUAGGCACAGCGCACAC